ACAGUGAGUAGGCAAACGUGUCAGUCAGUUACUGGCUGUGUAUGUGUGAAAGCUGGUAUCUAAAUUCACAAUGUUUCGCUUCUUGUUCGUCACCGUUCUUGUACUUCUAUUACAAGUGAAUUGUAAUGGAGGCGAAUCAACGACAGAUAGCGGGACACAAGCCGGGCCUUCACCGGAGCUUUUCGGGGAACCGACGCCGGUUGGUGAGGCAGAAACGCAAGCUUCGGCAGAGCCCGAGGCUUCUGCUCACCCCGAGACGUCAGUAGAACCCGAAGCAGAGCCAGAGGGAACUUCAGGACCUGAACCAGAGUCCGAGGCUUCAGUAGAAUCCAACGCAGAGCCCGAGGGAACUCCGGAACCUGAAACAGAGCCCGAGGGAAUCUCAGAGCCAAGGUCAGAGCCCGAAGCAUCGACAGAGCCAGGAGUAGAGCCCGAAAAUACUUUAGAACCUGAAGCUGAGCCCGAGGCUUCGGUACAGCCCGAGGCGUCUCCAGAAGCAGAGGCAGAGCCCGAGGGAACAGAAGAACCAGGGCCAGAGCCUGAAGCAUCGGCAGAACCUGAAGUGGAGCCCAAGGCUUCACCAGAGCCCGAAGCAUCGCCAGUGCCAGAAGUAGAGCCAGAGAAUACUUCCGAACCUGAAGCGGAACCAGAGGGAACGCCAGAACCAGGGCCAGAGCUAGAAGCGUCGUCAGAGCCUGGAGCAGAGUCCGAGGGAACAUCAGAACCAGAGGCGAAGCCCGAAGGAUCACCAGAAUCCGGAGCAGAGCCUGAGGUAAAUUCAGAACCAGAAGCAGAACCUGAAGCAUCGUCAAUGCCAGAAGUAGAGCCCGAGGGAACGUCAGAACCCGAAGCAGAGUCCGAGUCGUCGUCAGAACCAGAGACUGAGCCUGAAGCAUCGGUAGAGCCAGAAGUAGAGCCCGAGGCUUCAGCAGAACCUGCAGCAGAGCCCGAGACUUCACCAGAACCACAGCCCGAGGCGUCAUCAGAACCAGAGGUGGAGCCCAAUGCAUCGGUAGAGCCAGAAGCAGAGCCCGAGGCUUCACCAGAACCACAGCCCGAGGCGUCAUCAGAACCAGAGGUGGAGCCCGAGGCUUCACUAGAGUCCGAAGCAGAGUCCGGGGCUUCAGCAGAACCAGAGCCAGAGCCCGAGGCGUCUUCGGAGCCCGAAGCAGAGCCCGAAGGAACACCACAGACUGAGCCCAAAGGGGAAUCAGAACCCGAAGCAGUGCCCGAGGGAGAAUCGGAACCUGAAGCGGAGCCCGAGGGUGAAUCGGAACCCGAGGGAGAAUUGGAACCCGAAGUGGAGCCCGAGGGAGAAUCGGAACCCGAAGCGGAACCCGAGGGAGAAUCCGAACCCGAGGGGGAGUCAGCAUCAGGGGCGAAUCCGGAAGACCAAAACUCGGACAAAGGACCAACAAAGACACCAGAUCAACAGAAAGUCAAAGAAAACACAAAGCCAGACACUUUGACUCCAGAUGGACCACAGAAGCUGUUGGGAUUCCAGCUGAGUCUGAACAAGACCUUCAAUGAAAACCUGCGGGACCCAGAGGCAACCGAGUACAGGGAUCUGGAAAAGCAGUUCAUCUUCACAGUAAGUAGUCUCCACAGUAAGUAGUUAAAGAUAUAAAUAGCUGAAUCAUUUGAAAAUAUAUUUGACUGCUUUUCCACUGCAUACACAUCAUCGUGUACCAUUUAUUUUUGUUGAAUUACAGUUUGUAUUAAUGUAUGAUUUGUCCACUCCUAUAGUUCACAUCCAUCUAUGAAGGCCUUGCUGGGUUCAAAGAAAUCAAAAUCAUUGGAUUCAGGUUGGUAAAAGCAGUUGAUAGCCAUAGCACAUUUAACAUUUCGAAAAGGGACAUCUUAUAGAUACAUGUA